AUGGCUCCCUCAAUGCACUUCGAUCCCCCCAAUUCCGAGAACGGUGAAAUAUUCCCUUCCGCGCUUGGUCCAGAGUACUAUGGGUUUGACCAUAUCACAUGGUAUGUCGGGAAUGCGAAGCAGGCAGCUUCAUAUUUUAUCACUCGCUUGGGAUUCAACCAAAUCGCAUAUCGUGGUCCGGAGACAGGGUCUCGCGCUGUAGCCUCCUACGUUAUCACGAAUGGCGGUGCCACUUUCGUCUUCACAUCUCCGGUCUGUGGAAAAUUGGGUGAGAACGAAAUGGGCAGGUUUGGCAUAUCCAGCCACACAAAGCGGUUGCUUGAUGAGAUUCAUGACCACCUGGAACGACACGGCGACGGUGUCAAAGAUGUUGCCUUCAGAGUCAAUGCACAUGUCAGGUCCAAAUGGGAGAAAGCCGUUGCUCAUGGCGCGGUUUCGGUAAUGGAGCCUGCGAUUAUCCAUGGGGAGGAGCCCGGGAGCGGGGAGAUAGAGGUGGCAACUAUCAAAUCGUAUGGCGAUACGACACAUACCCUGGUUAAUAGGGACAACUACCGUGGAUGUUUCAUGCCCGGAUAUGUGAGAGUGGAUGCGGAAGAUCCAAUCAACGAGUUCUUGCCUGCUAUCAAUUUCAUCGAAAUUGACCAUUGUGUUGGGAAUCAGCCGUGGAAUGGGUUGGAUGAAGCUGUGAAAUUCUAUGAAGACUGCCUUGAUUUCCACCGCUACUGGAGUGUCGAUGAUAAAACCAUGUGCUCUGAAUAUUCCUCCAUGCGCUCCGUUGUCGUCGCUUCGCCCAACGAAGUCAUCAAAAUGCCCCUGAACGAACCAGCCGUUGGCAAAAAGAAGUCUCAGAUCGAAGAAUUCGUCGAUUACUACAACGGCUCCGGCGUGCAACACAUCGCCUUCCGCACACACGAUAUCAUCAGUGCCGUAACCAAUCUACGCAAACGGGGUGUGCAGUUUCUCUCUGUGCCCGCAACUUACUAUGACGCGAUACGUAUCCGCCUUGCUGCCAUUAAUAAAACUGACUCCGAGGGCAACAAUCCCAAUAAACGGGGGAGUUUAGUCAUCAACGAGAGCAUAGACACAUUGCAGAAGCUGAAUAUCUUGAUAGACUUCGACGAGCAAGGGUACCUGCUCCAGAUAUUCACAAAACAUGUGCUGGACCGGCCGACGGUAUUUUUGGAAGUGAUCCAGCGGAACAAUUUUGAUGGGUUUGGAGCAGGAAACUUCAAGAGUUUGUUUGAGGCUUUCGAGAGGGAACAGGCGGCCAGGGGUAAUCUUUAG